CUUAGCCCCAGCUUGAGCCUGGGUCCCUGGAAGCCUCGCGCUAGUCAAGCUUCUAAUUUGCCAGUUCCCGUUCCCGCACCUUAUCGGCUUCAACCUCCAGGGCCCACUACGGUAGACUCCGUGUCUCACUGUCACCAGCCCCAGGCCCCUAGCCCAACCAACCAGGGUGCACCUGGGCCGUAACGGGCAGGAUAUAUUGCGAAGCUCCCUCUGUGUGUUUGUUCCGGUCAAGGUCGCUUGACCGUGUCCCAUCUUCUAGACACUGCUACUCCACUUCGACAUCAACACCUCCUGCAGCCACCCACUUCGAUCUGGUCCACAUCACCCCCUAUCUUGCCGAAGUCAGUAUAUACAGGCACCAUGGUCACUGUCCACGGCAACGUCAGCUACUGCCCUUCCUGCUCGCGCCAGUGGGAGGCAGGCAGGAGUGUUCUGGACCAGGUCAUGGAGGACGCCAACUUCUCGGAAGCGAGAAGUUCUCCGCCGAUGACUGUUGCCAGGGCACUGCGCCAGCACUGCAAUAUCCCCUACGAGAGCUUUCUUCUUGCCGUUCACCUGGGCAAGGGCGGUUUCGUCUAUUUCUCCGGGCCGAACUCCAUCCCGGAAGAAGACAUCCGCAAGAUCUUCAACAGGGAAAAGUUCUUGAAAUAUCAGAACUCGACCUCUUCACGGGUGAACCUGUCGCGAACGUACGAUCAGGACCGCUACUACCAGGGCGCGACCGGCGGCGGCCACUCUGCCAUGGGCGGCUUGCGCGUCGAUGAGCAAUGGGCGCGGCCACCGAGACGCAAUAAAAGGCCGAGGGCGGGCAUGAUACCGCGCGACCUGGAAGAUGUGCCGCCGGUCAUCGCGCCCUCCAAGAUCCCCAUCCAGAUCGGCGACGAGAACGCUGUAUGGAAGUUCUACGAACACCGCUUCAAGUGCAUCCAGCAGACCGCGUGCAAGAUCAUGGCCAAGCCCAUCAUCAAGUUGAUUUCGCCGAAGAAGCAGGCCAACAACCCGUACACCGGCGGCGACCUCACCGCGCCGGCGUGGUGGCCCAAGCCCUGGGGCCCCGGCGAGAAGGACAAGGUCCGCCAUGUCGAGCCGGACCAUCAGUGGAAGAAAGAGCGGGUUAUUCUUCUGACCCACAUCGUAAAGAUGAUAGUCGAUCCGGAGAAGCAGCCUCCGGAGAUCCAGCGGCUGGGCGUGACCGUGGCGAAAAUCGAGGCCGUUACCAUGGAGGCGCUCGCGCCCUUCUUCGACGACGGCAGCAAGCCCAGAAAUGCGAACAAGCGGUCCAUUUUGAAGGAGCUCUUCAGGGUCGCCAGGGCGGAAGAGCGGUAUAGGAGAAAAGAGAUAGAUGGCACCAGCUUCAUUAACGUCACGGCCGACGAUAUGGUCAUGAACUACUGCUUCGACGAGGACGACGAAGAAGAGGACGAAGAGGAAGAGGCCAGCGACGUGAAGGAAGAGUACAAGUCCGCCAACCUGACCAGCACUUCCGCCGUCUCCCCUAGCAGGACAAUGGGCAUGGCGCCGGCCAUGCUGCCAGCGCUACCGCCCGCCACAACCAGCAGCAUGAUGGCAGCCCCGGUACAGGCAACGCCGUUCGUCAACAGCCUCCCUCCGCGCAACCAUCAGUUCGGCGCGCCGAUGCUGCCCUCCGAUCUCCCCCCGCCGGAUCAGUACCACUACCCCGAAAGCGGCAGUCUCGUCGCCAUGGGCGGCCAACCCCAUCUGCAGGUCCACCACCCAACAGCGGCGGACGUAGAGAUGCACGACGUGCUGGCCAGCCCGCACCAACAGCAGCAGCACCACCACCCCCAGACCCUGCACUCCAACACCAACCGCCGACCGUCCCUCUUCACGCCCACCACCGAGUUCGGCAGUGCCUCAACCUCGGCCAUGUACCCCAACCCCUGGGGGAUGCAGUCGCCGUCGCAUCAACAAAGCACGCCCAGCACCACAGCGACCGCUUCGCCCGAUGCGCAGCCGCUCUAUGCCUACCCGACAGCCCACCAUCACCACCAUCACCACCAACACCACCAACACCAUCAACACCACCACCCAGAGCAAGUCGGCCAACAAGCUCCUCCUCCUCCUCCACCCCUACCCCAGCCCCUGCCGCCGCCUAUGUCGAUGCAGCAGCAUCCGCCACAGCAACAGCAACAGCAACAGACCGGGAGCCCGUACGGGGGGCAUUACCAUUCAGCGUUUGACACGCUCUCUCAGCAGCAGCAGCAUCAAAAUUAUCAGCAAGAGCAGCACCAGCUCACGACGCCCUUUCGGGGUGGAACCAUCCACCUGUCCUACCACCCUCCCUAUCAAGGAACCUCUGCGAGGGGCCAGGGACUACACGGGCAGGGGCUCUGAUUGUGUGCUUGAAGGGACAGUACCUACACACCCGGUUUCAUGUGUCAGGAUCAUAGUUCAGGGUUAGGUAUUACCUGGGCGGGCAUCAAUGUCAUCAAUGUGGUGGAUGAAAAGGGGGGGUGGUCUAGAUUGCUUUGAUUUGGUUUGGUUUGGUAUGGGUUUGGUCGGUUCAGUUCCCUCAACAAAUUAUUCAGAUUUCUUCCCCCCCCCCUCUCUCUCUCACUCUCGCAUAGCAACCGCAACCCCCCUUCGUUCUCCUUACACUGCGCGUUCCCUCUCUAUCGUU